CAUAAGCCUCCAAACCAGAGGAAUGAUGGAAAGCGAAAUCAGAAACCCUGCUCCUUGUUGGUAUCGCAGGGGCCAACCAUGAAGCGAUCGCUCAAUCCCAGCCCUUCCCUUUGGAAACGCACGAAUGGAACCCACGGGCCACCCUUCCUCUCUGCUCACCACCACCCUUGAGACGCCUCCGACCAUCCAUGGCGACGGCCGUGAACCUCGUUGAAGAUAAGAAGGAGAAGAUCCAGUACAGGGCAGAAGAGCAGCACCACCAAGAAGAGACCCCAUCGGCGGUACUAGACCUCCAGCCAGAAGAAGAAAGACGAGAAGAGGAGGAGGAAGAAGAAGAAGAAAGCACGUUGGUAUCUCCUUUCUGCAGCUGGACAUGACCAUGGUUCCUUUUCCCCAAGCCCUCCUCCAACUCAAGGCCCCGAAUUAUGCCCCUCACAAUUUCUUGCUCUUCCAGAGCGACACCAAUUGCGUAGCCUCCGAUCUCACGGCCGAUCACAUGGAAGCAGCUGAGCAGGAUUCACUCUCCACCACCAGCAGAGCCACCGAGCCGGGAUCUUGCUCCAGGCCCUUCCGCAGCGAAGAGGAGAAUUGGCUCCAGUUAGGCCUCGGCCAGGCCAAGCCCAGCGGCCUCGCCGCGCCGGAGCCGAAUCCCCGGAACUUGGUCGAGCUGGAUCUGCUCACCGCGAAGCCUACUGCACCCGGCUUGGCCUCCCUGCCCCAUGCCUCCGAGUUCCCUUUGCACCCUCCUGCCUUCUACUUGCACCAACAUGGUGCUGAUGGAAUCACCGGCUUCGGGCUCCGGCCGCCGGAGUACCUCUGGAACUUCCGCCAGAUGCCGUAUUCUUCUUCGGUGGCGUGGAACGUACCGUGCUCGCCUCUUCCGGCCGCCAGGCCGAGCCCCAGCUCAAGCCUGAUGAAGAUCGUGGAUGCGCCGCCGCGGCCGAAUUCCGGCCUCUGGUUCGUACUUCAGGCCGAGCAAAAGCAAAUAAAGGAGUUGAUUUUGCCUCAAGUACAGAAGAGCUACCUGAGAAUCAAAGAUGGGAAGAUGACCGUGCUUUUGAUCAUGAAGUACUUGGCGAACAAGCUGCGUCUGAAGAGCGAAUCAGAGGUGGAGAUCACAUGCAGAGGGCAAAGGAUUCUUCCCUCCUUAACGCUGCACUAUGUAAGGGAUAUGAUAUGGUGCGCGAGGGAGCAGUGGAUGGAACCGGUGACCUCACUCCCAGAGUCCCCAACCACAGACCAUGUCAUGGUUCUAAAUUAUGCUAGAAGUAUUCCAUAGACUACCACUGAAUUAAUGAGAAGGAUGCAUGCUGUAAAUUAUAGCUUCUUCUGAUCCCACCCAUUGCCUCCCUCCUUUUUGUGGGUUAAAUUCAUAGCAGUAUGGCUUGGAGAUAUCCCUGGUUCCCACAUUUUAUUGCUUCACAAUCUCCCAGUAUUUCCAUGCUAUCCCGGCUUGAUAUUCUUUCCUUUCUUUCUUUUCCAUGUACCCCUUUUCUAAUUUAAUUCCAGGUUUUUAUGGUUUUA